AUGGUCCUCCGGAUUCGGCUGUCUCGCUUCGGCAACAAACACAACCCAUUCUACAACAUCGUGGUUGCGCAAGCACGAUCCGCCCGUGGUGCGAAACCCCUCGAAGUCAUCGGCACCUACAACCCCAUCCCGAAACAGCCGACGAACCUGUACAAUGAGAACGCCAACGCGCGCGCAUUCAAAGAGGUUGCACUUGACCGGUCACGCACAAAGUAUUGGCUAGGUGUAGGCGCGCAACCCAGCGAUCCUGUGUGGAAACUCCUGAGCAUGGCUGGUUUGGUUGAGCCGAAACCGAUUACCCAUAACAAGGCUUGA